CCGGCCUGCCUGGGGAGGGAGCCGCGCUCCGUGAGGGAAGCGAGCCGGCGGCCGGGAGGAAACAGCGGGCCCGUACUCCUGCAGCUUUUCUUUCCAAGCCACAGCUCCAGGCAGCCUGUGUGGCGUUUCGUGUUAAAUGUGUUAAAGCAGACUGCGUUACUGCGUCACAGACUGCUACAAACAGAUGGGCAAGGUCUGUGCUGUUUUUGGAGGAUCCCGUGGGAUAGGCAAAGCUGUGGCAGAGCUCCUGGCACAGAAGGGCUGCCGCCUGGCCAUCAUUGCUAGGAAUCUGGACAUGGCCCAGACCACUGCCCGUAAACUUGGUGCAGGACAUCUGGCAUUUCGCUGUGAUGUAUCCAGUGAACAAGAAGUCCAAAAGACUUUUGAGGAGAUGCAGAGGAAUUUGGGUCCUAUUAACUACAUGGUUAAUGCAGCUGGGAUCAACAGGGAUGGCUUGUUACUGAGGACCAAGACUGAAGAUAUGAUAGCCCAGAUUCACACUAACCUGUUGGGAACAAUGUUGACAUGCAAAGCUGCUGUAAAGGUCAUGAUUAAACAGCAGGGAGGUGCUAUUGUCAAUAUAGGGAGUAUUGUAGGACUUAAAGGCAACUCUGGUCAAAGUGUGUAUAGUGCUACCAAAGCUGGAGUGGUUGGAUUUUCACGCUCUCUUGCUAAAGAAGUAGCAAAAAAGCAAAUUCGAGUCAAUGUUGUUGCUCCAGGCUUUAUUCACACAGAGAUGACAGCUCAUUUGGAAGAAGAUCAGUUGAAGAAAGCAGUUCUCCUUGGAAGAUUUGGAGAGCCUCAUGAAGUUGCACAAGCUGUUGUCUUUCUUCUAGAAUCCCCAUAUGUUACAGGGAGUGUUCUGGUUGUAGAUGGAGGCUUGCAGCUUAUGACCUAAGUAAUACCUUGAAGAAAUGACUGCUUUAAUGUCAUGAUGGUAAUAUAUAAAUACGUACUAAAUAAAGGGAGAGGGUUGGAAAUCGUUUGAAGAUUGAUGUACAUAAUUGACUUGGUCUUAUUUAGUCAGAGGAGAAAUUCGGCAGCAGCGAAGUGCAACGUGUGUGUUCAGCUGCCUGAAAGAGUCUGUUUGGUAUUACAAAGCCUGUGUAUGAAACAAUUUGAAAAAGAUCUGGUUUUGAUACGGUGAUAGCUUUAAUAAUGUGCUGAUACGUUUUUAAAGCACUGUAUUUUUAUAAAGUCCUGUUUUCUAAUUUGGGAUAAAAUGAGAUUUUAUUUGAAUUAUCAUGUUACACAAAGGUUAAUAAAGUGCAGAGACAUGUUUA